UGAUGUCAUAAAUGCAGCGAUCAGUCCUGUCUUCAGAUGUUAAAAAGAUGUCUUUUCAAUAACAUGAAAAAUACUGAAAUAAUGCUGGUACUAAGACAACUCAUGAACUGACUUCUUCAGAAUGACAGGCACUUAAGUUUUCAAAAUUUAUGAGUUGUCUAGCCUCCACACAUAAUGACUGCGCUUGAUUGCCCAGCUGGUGCAUUUUAAAUUAAUAGUCAUAGACUCAAUACUACUGAGUCACUGAGUAUUAGAAUCUGAAAUUUGCUAAUGUCUUUUAUCAUUCACCUGCAGCAAGCUCUUCUAGCUUGGUCCAUAUGUUUCCUUCUUGCUGGUUAAGAUUUGUCUCGUACUUCUUCUUGUCGCUGAAGAAGUCAGUGAAGAAAUCUCUUGUAUCCAUUUUCUUAUGGUCACUUUGUAUGGAUACUAGGCUCUGUUUAAUAGAGUGGAUCUGUGCAUGAGAUUGUAUCAAACAAUAGCAGCAUUGUCAUCCUGCAUUUUUACUGAAACGGAGAAAAGGCUUCAGUUGCUACAGAGCUUACACGUUGAAUUUGGCCAUGAUUGAUUAAGUUUAUUCCUCUGUAGCUGUGAUACAAGCAAGAGCCAACCCAUAUCAUCUGUUCCCAGUAGGGAAUGUCUGUGUUCAUCCUUACUCUUGGCAUGUGGCAAAGUUGCAGCUGAGCCUGUGAGGAGGAAUUAACAGGAAAGAUCUAAUUCGUAUUUGAAGAUGGAUGCCUUCUAGUCAGUCGGCGAGUCUUACUGCUGCCUCAUGCCUGGCAGCAUCUCUGAAUGAUCACAUGACUCUUGAUAUGGAUGCAGUCCUGUCAGACUUUGUUCGGUCCACGGGGGCAGAACCAGGUCUGGCCAGAGACUUACUAGAAGGCAAAAACUGGGACUUGACAGCAGCUUUGAGUGACUAUGAGCAGCUCCGGCAGGUGCACACUGCCAACCUGCCGCAGGUGUUCAACGAGGGCAAGUACUGCAAGCAGCCCGAGCCCGAGCAGCCCCCUCAGGUGACAAAGGCCGAGCGGCCCUGCCUGCAGCGGCAGGAUGACAUCGCUCAAGAAAAGCGGCUUUCCAGAGGCAUUUCUCAUGCCAGCUCAGCCAUAGUCUCUCUUGCUCGAUCACAUGUAGCAAAUGAAUGCAGCAAUGAACAGUUUCCUUUGGAGAUGCCCAUCUACACAUUCCAGCUACCAGACCUUAGUGUGUACAGUGAAGAUUUCAGAAGCUUCAUUGAACGUGACUUAAUUGAGCAGGCAACAAUGGUUGCUUUGGAGCAAGCAGGACGAUUGAACUGGUGGUCCACAGUGUGUACAAGCUGCAAACGUCUUCUUCCCUUGGCUACAACGGGUGAUGGAAACUGCCUCCUGCAUGCUGCCUCUUUAGGAAUGUGGGGAUUUCAUGACCGGGAUCUUGUUUUACGGAAGGCGCUCUACACUAUGAUGAGAAGUGGAGCUGAAAGGGAAGCACUGAAAAGAAGGUGGAGAUGGCAACAGACCCAGCAGAAUAAAGAGUCAGGUUUAGUGUAUACAGAAGAAGAAUGGGAACGGGAGUGGAACGAACUGCUUAAGCUGGCAUCAAGUGAGCCUCGCACACAUUUCAGCAAAAAUGGAGGCACUGGUGGUGGAGUUGAUAAUUCAGAAGAUCCAGUGUAUGAGAGCUUGGAAGAGUUCCACGUUUUUGUCUUGGCCCACAUUUUAAGACGACCUAUUGUUGUAGUAGCAGACACAAUGUUACGAGACUCUGGUGGAGAAGCAUUUGCACCUAUACCAUUUGGAGGAAUUUAUUUGCCACUUGAAGUUCUACCUAACAGGUGCCAUUGCUCACCUCUGGUUCUAGCCUAUGAUCAGGCACAUUUCUCUGCUCUUGUUUCCAUGGAACAAAAAGAUCAACAGAGAGAGCAAGCGGUGAUCCCCCUGACUGACUCUGAACACAAGCUACUGCCUUUGCACUUUGCGGUCGAUCCUGGGAAAGACUGGGAGUGGGGAAAAGAUGACAAUGACAACACCAGACUGGCCAAUUUGAUUCUGUCUCUUGAGGCAAAACUUAAUCUUCUACACAGCUAUAUGAAUGUAACAUGGAUACGCAUACCGUCUGAAACACGGCAGGCCCCUUUGGCUCAACCAGAAUCCCCUACAGCUUCAGCUGGGGAAGACGUUCAGUCUCUGGCUGACUCAAUGGACUCGGACCGAGAUUCCAUCUGUAGUAAUUCCAACGGCAGUAAUGGAAAAAACAGUAAAGAAAAAGAAAAGGACAAACAGAGGAAGGAUAAAGACAAAAACAGGACGGAUUCAGUUGCCAAUAAAAUAGGAAGCCUCAGUAAAACCCUAGGAAUUAAGCUGAAAAAGAAUAUGGGCGGUCUUGGAGGCUUGGUGCAUGGCAAAAUGAGCAGGGCAAAUUCAGGGAAUGGGAAAAAUGGCGACACCAUAGAGAAAGUCAAAGAGAAGAAGUCUAAGUCUCGAAAAGGUAGCAAAGAGGAAUCUGGACAGUCUGCAAGCACUUCUCCAUCUGAAAAGACCACUCCGUCUCCUACUGACAGAGCUAGCAACUCGCCCAUUGAUAAGAUGAACACAAAAUCUUUCUCUGACAAGCAGACUGACCCGUGGAAAUACAGCACUGAUGUGAAACUCAGCCUCAAUAUUUUGAGAGCGGCUAUGCAGGGUGAACGAAAGUUUAUUUUUGCUGGCCUUCUUUUGACCAGCCACAGGCAUCAGUUCCAUGAGGAGAUGAUUGGUUAUUACCUGACCAGUGCACAGGAGCGUUUCAAUGCUGAGCAGGAACAGAAAAGAAAGGAUGCUGAGAAAAAGGCUGCAUUGAAUGGGUCAUCUAGUAGGAAGCUGGAGCCCGAAGCAUAUUCAAAAGAAAAGUUAGAAACGUCUCCUCAGGAUAGAGCAUCACCUGUCUUGCCUCAAAGCCAUACGACUCAACUGGUUUUAAAGUUUAAAGAUCGCACUAGUCCCACUCCUGGGUCAUUUUCUUCACCUAGUAACAGUGCUAAGAAAAGUGGACCCAUUCCAGUAUCUGCCCACUAUAGCCAUACACCACCUGUUCAAAGACAAAGUGUCAUCCAUUUGCAUGAUGUCAACUCCAAGCCAUCGAGCUUCCAAGACGACACCUACAAGCCAGUGGUUGGCACGUUAAAAACUUGUGCCACGUAUCCCCAGCAAAACAGAUCACUGUCUUCUCAAAGCUACAGCCCAGCCCGGAUAACUGGUAUCCGCACAGUGAACACCGUGGAAUCGCUGAGCUAUGCCAUGCCUACUGAACACAAGUCUCAGACAUACACUAAUGGAUUCAAUACUGGUGAUAUUAGAGACUGCUUAGAAUAUGCUGAUGAGGAUGCUCCUCAGACCUGGUUGAACAAUGAUAAAAAUCCAGGCAGAAGCACAGUUUGCCCAAUAUAUCCCAUCCAGCAAAACCGCUGCAAGAAGGAUAACUGUUCCUUUUAUGGUCGUCCUGAGACUGACAAUUACUGUUCAUACUGCUACAAAGAAGAGCUGAAGCGCAGGGAGAGGGAAAGUAAGGGACACAGGCAUUGAGGAUUCUUCCGUGACUAUAUUUAGUUUUACCAUUUUCUUACUUGCAGAGUAAACAGUGUUGAAUUGCAGUAAAAGGAAUCCUUCAAAAAAGAAUAAAGGAUUGAUGAGUAAA